GGCCGCAGUUCGUGCGCGUGCGCGCUUGGCCUCCCUAGUGCGGACUGGCAGUGCGGGCAGAGCCCCGCUGAGAGGUGCGGCCCUGGAGGAGACGGAGGCCGCGGGUGGGCCCGAGGCGCAAGAGGAAGAUGAGGACGAAGAAGAGGCGCUGCCGCACUCCGAGGCCAUGGACGUGUUCCAGGAGGGUCUGGCUAUGGUGGUGCAGGACCCGCUGCUCUGCGAUCUGCCGAUCCAGGUCACUUUGGAAGAAGUCAACUCCCAGAUAGCCCUAGAAUACGGCCAGGCAAUGACGGUCCGAGUGUGCAAGAUGGAUGGAGAAGUAAUGCCCGUGGUUGUAGUGCAGAGUGCCACAGUCCUGGACCUGAAGAAGGCCAUCCAGAGAUACGUGCAGCUCAAGCAGGAGCGUGAAGGGGGCAUUCAGCACAUCAGCUGGUCCUACGUGUGGAGGACGUACCAUCUGACCUCUGCAGGAGAGAAACUCACGGAAGAUAGAAAGAAGCUCCGAGACUACGGCAUCCGGAAUCGAGACGAGGUUUCCUUCAUCAAAAAGCUGAGGCAAAAGUGAGCCUCCAGACAGGACAACCCUCUUCAUCACUGGUGGCUGAGCUUUUUCCCAGCAGGAAUGGGUCCUCGAGUCAUCGUGCCUCUUUCACAGAAAGGACGUUGUGGUGGCCUCACCCCAGGCAUGCCCAACAGGAACUGUCAGCAUCAACCUGGGGGCCCUCAGGACUAGGACAGGGUGAGCCAGUGCUCCCUCCUUUCAUGUACUUGGCCUGAGACUGACCUCUCCCUGGGUCCAAAUGCCCUAGUCACAUGGCAGACCCACGGCCUGGCCCAGUGUAUAAAAUAAACCUGUUUGCUUCUUAGUUUGAAAAGUAAAAACCCACAGUAACCUGGGUAGCAAAGACAGAUUGCCCCAUCACAGAGGUGAGUUAAGGGGAGAGAAUUGGUACAGGCGAGUCCUAUAGUCCAAGAUGGCGCCACACCACCAAAGCCUUGAGGCCACGCCACUCCCCAAACCACACAACUGUGUUACCAUGAUCUCCACAGCAAGGAGGAAAUAAAAGCAGAGCGGCUUUA